AAACCUGUAAAAACCUGCAAAAACCAAUCCAACAUCCAACAAAUAAUAAUGUGAUUCUUUUUUGAAAUUAUUAGUUCGAAAUGUAAGGCAAAAUCUCAAUAAAUAAAUUUAUUGAAAAAGAUACUUAAAACAAACAAACUACUAACAACAUAAAAUAGACUCCAUUUGUUCAAGAAAAAUAAAUGAAAAAUUUUUAUUAAUUCAAAACACCAAAAUACCACACAAUACCAAAAUUUAAUUAAUUAAGAACGGAUUCAAACCUGAUGACCGAGCUAUAAAAUACCAAGUACAACCAACAAAAAUAUAUGAACCAGUAAACAAGAUAUGGCAAAUAUUAUUUUAAUCGCAAGUCUUGCUGUUCUUGGAAUCAUAAUAGCAAUAUCACUGUUUUUAGCCGGUGGAUACCUAUGGUGGAGGCAUAAACGAUCUCAAUUGCAGUUUAUCGAGCCAAAUGAAGAUGAGGAUUCGAGCAGUUAUAGUUUACGCUUACCUCAGUUAACUACUCAAGAGAUACAGGAUUCUGCAGUAACAUCAAUCAAACAACAAAAUCAACAGCCGCAACAAACUUUUACAACGCCUCUACAAAAUAAUAUAAACAGAAGGCUAAAUGGGUUCUUAAACUUAAAAACCCCAUUGAUCGGAACUUCUACGCAACCAGUUCAAAAUAAACCACUUGGCAGCUCAAAUGCAGGAAUUGGUACCGAGAACAUUAAUUCCAAAGAUGGCACGAACAAAAGCAUGUCCAUGACGGAUAUGUACAUUGAUAAUUCUGAGCCCAGCGAAAAUGUCGGGCAAAUACAUUUUUCAUUAGAAUACGACUUUCAGAAUACAACACUAAUUCUUAAAGUGUUGCAGGGUAAAGAAUUGCCUGCAAAGGAUUUAAGUGGAACAUCAGACCCGUAUGUGAGGGUUACAUUGCUACCAGAUAAAAAGCAUCGUUUGGAAACAAAAAUUAAGAGACGAACUCUUAAUCCGCGCUGGAACGAAACGUUUUACUUUGAAGGUUUUCCAAUACAAAAGCUGCAGUCAAGGGUUCUGCACUUACACGUAUUUGAUUACGAUAGAUUCUCACGUGAUGAUUCGAUUGGAGAAGUUUUUCUUCCAUUAUGUCAGGUCGAUUUCGCUGGUAAGCAGUCAUUUUGGAAAGCUCUUAAGCCCCCAGCUAAAGACAAAUGUGGUGAAUUGCUUUCUUCGUUGUGCUAUCAUCCAUCAAAUUCAGUUUUAACAUUAACAUUGAUCAAAGCAAGAAACCUUAAAGCAAAAGAUAUAAAUGGAAAAUCAGAUCCAUACGUAAAGGUUUGGCUACAAUUUGGCGAUAAACGUGUGGAAAAGCGAAAGACACCAAUAUUCACAUGCACAUUAAAUCCAGUCUUUAACGAGUCAUUUAGUUUCAAUGUUCCAUGGGAGAAGAUUCGUGAAUGCUCAUUAGAUGUUAUGGUAAUGGAUUUUGAUAAUAUUGGACGAAAUGAGUUAAUUGGAAGAAUUUUAUUGGCGGGAAAAAAUGGAUCAGGAGCAUCAGAAACUAAGCAUUGGCAGGAUAUGAUUUCCAAACCUCGUCAAACCAUUGUACAAUGGCACCGUUUAAAGCCAGAAUAA